AUGGCAGCACAAGUCGCGGAAGCUCAUACCACUGCCGUGGAUGGCAGCGUCACGGCCAGCGAUACUGGUUUGAAGGAAGUGCACGAGAAGCCUCACAGUCACAAUCUGUGGCCAUGGGGACACAGCGACACCCAAGACGACUUGAGCGAUCAUGAGCCAAAGGACGCUGACUCAGCAAAGGGUGAGGAAGAGCACAAAGAAGACUCGGACCAUGCUGGGCUUUUGAGCUCCGUGACCAAGGGUCUAAAGAAUCUGAGCACCAAGAUGAGGGGAAAGAGUCACAGGUUUAGCGACCUCUUGCGCUUGCACAAAGAGGUUGUCCAAGAUUUGUCAGACACUACAACGUACCCCGAGCUUCUGAAGGACGCGCAUCUGCGCCGGGAGAACACAUUGGGCCAGCAAGAAGCGGCAGCUCUUGCCGCUCGAAAAGCAUGGAUCGCAUCAUCAGGGGCGCUCAGACGGAUUUUGCAGCUAGAUGAGUCGGAAGAGAUUCAUCCAGAAGAUGUGCCCGUCGUUGCUCUGGGCGGUAGCGGAGGUGGAUACAGGGCCAAUCUUCGCCAUCCGCUCUCGAUGGGCGCAAUCGAUGCGAUCGCAAGGAGCGCAAACGGCGUGUACUUCCAGCUGGCGCCGCUUCUUUCCAAGAUGAAGCUCGGGUUGCACCCUGGACCGCUGGAUUUGUACGGAACACUGGUCACCAGCCACAUCUUCUUCUCUCCCGUGCACCCUCCGACCCUCGAGGAAGGAUAUCCUACGCCUCCCAACAGACGCACGCAAAGACCAGACUCGGACACCAAACAGGACACCCCAGUCGCCCUCAAAAAAGAGUGGUUUCAAUGGUCUAGAUGCUACGAACGAAUGGGCAUCGACAAGGGACUGUCUCCCAUGCCCCUCUUCACAGCCGUCCGACACGAGCGCCCUUGGAAAGAUUGGAAAUCGCCGACGGAAGCUUUUGGAGGUCAUUCUGAUCACACUAGCUCAGUGCACAAGGAUCCUCAUGCUUGGUGGCAAUGGUUCGAGAUCAGCCCCUGCGAGUUUGGCUCUGAUGAGCUCGAAGGCUGGGUCCCGACAUGGUCCUUUGGCCGCAAGUUUGACAAAGGAAUCAGCACGCAGAAGUGCCCCGAGAGGAGCAUUUCACUGCUGCUGGGACUUGCGACGAGCGCACCAGCCGGCCCUCUUGCCGCCUGGCUAGGUACCAUCUAUCGAAAUCUUCCAAAGGGUGCCAUUGGCAACAAGAUUCGUCAAGAAGCCGACGAGUGGGUCGAGAAAAACCCGGAGAAGGCUGAGCGUCUGCAGUCGCAUCACCCUGUCCAUGCUCAAAACGAGGCCAAUCCUUUUUUCGGGGCAGAUGUGCAAGAGGGCCGAGGAAACGGCUUCGAGAACUCGCCAAGGAUUCACCUUGUCGACGCAGGAAUGAGCAACAAUUUGCCAAUCUACACUUUCUGUCGACCAGGCAGGGACGUCGACAUCAUGCUUCUAGGAGACUUUAGCAGCGAUGUGCAAAAAGGCUCAGCACUCGAACGAAUUCAAGAAUUUGGGGCGGAGAAGGGUUACCGCGUCACUCCGCGUGCGAGCAUGCCAUCUCUACCGGAUUGGCCCACAGAGAAGAACGAGAAAGGCGAAGACAAGCCAAAGGAGCUGUCCGCAGAGGAGAUUGCGAGUCGAUUUGCCGGCCGAUACGCGCAAGUUCUGGAUGCCGAGCCUAUUGCAGAAGAUCAAAGGACCGAAGAGCAAGGGAGGACGUACGAGCGAGAUGGACAUCAGCCUCAAGCUACAAAACCGUGCAAGAUGAUAUACAUGCCGCUGCUGCCUCAUGCGUGCCAGCCAAGCUACGAUCCCUCCACGGCACCUUUCUCAAGCAGCUACAAUCUCGAAUGGACACCAGAGCAGGUCGAAACCAUCCGCAAAACGGCUCGUGCAUGCGUGGCUGAAGGCCUGGGUGCUAUCCGCGAGGAAGUGCGCGCGGUCUACGCCGCCAAGAAGGCAGCUAGACUUGGUGCAACAGUCUAA